AUGGGUGAAAUCAAAAGAUGGAAUUUUAACAAAAGAAACUUAGAAACUGAAGCAUUCACCCAUAAGUCGUUUGCCUCCGAAAAACCUGAAAAUGGUCCUCAUAAUGAAAGACUUGAAUGGAUAGGUGAUUCCAUAAUCUCAGCUGUGGUUGCCGAUUAUCUCUUUUUUCGUUUUCCUGAUUAUAAAGAAGGCACGCUUACUACUUUGAGGUCAAACAUUGUUUGUAAGGAAGCGUUAGCUGGAUUUGCACGUAAAUUAGGUUUAGAUAAAGAACUUUUGUUGGGAAUAGGUGCAUUAGCAGCGGGUGAUAGAAAGAAUGAUAGAAUUUUAGAAGAUACAUUUGAAGCAUAUAUUGGUGCCAUUUAUUUGGAUUGUAACAAAAACUUAAAUGAGGUUAUUAAAUUUAUGAAACCAAUUAUUGAACCAUUUGUGGAUGAUUUGGUUGCAAACUCCGGAAACGGUCUUAGUUCAUCUCCUACUAAAAAUGGAGUUGUAUAUGGUCCUAUGAAUAAGCCAAUAGAAUCAGAUUCGUUGGAAAAUCCUAUAGGAAAAUUACAAAAUUGGGCUCAAUCUAGAGGGUUUGAAAUACCUGAAUAUAAAUUCACCGAAAAACAAUGUGAAAAUAAACAAGGUUUCGAAUGUGAAGUCAUUAUUAAGGGUAAAAGUUAUGGCAUUGGUUGGAGUGGUAAUAAGAAGGAUGCAAAGAAAAAAUCGGCGAUUAAUGCUCUAGAAUCAAUUUCCGCAUAA